GCGCCUUGUUUGUCUCUUUCAUUUCCUACCCGUUCUGUCUUGCCACCACCACCAACACCUACAACACACACAGAUGUCGUCGACGCCAGAGGACGUGAUCAUGCACGAUGACCGGCUCGCUCAGUCGAAUGACGACGCACAUGGCGAGUCAUCCAACACGAAUGCGCCCGCCGACAGCGCGAACGAUACCACCGACGUCCCCAUGGCGGACGACAAUGAAGACGACGGGAUGCCGGGGCUGGAGCCUGUUGAUGAUCCUACGCCCAACCGCCGCCGCGGCCGCGUGCUCGAAGAUGGCGACCAGGACCGCGAUAGGCGCCACCCCGCCACCCGCGCCGCAGAGCGCGAGUCAAGGGCGGGCACGCCGGCUGGCGAGUCAUCUGACGCGCAUGCGAACACGAGCGCCGCCGCGCCCAAUGCGGAUCCGCCUCUACCACCCACCGCCCCACACGACCACGCCCACCAUCAGCCACCCGCCGACGACCCCAUUCUCAACAACCCCCUCGCCGCGCUCUUCUCACGUACCAUGCGCGAUUUCGUUAGGCAGAGUCAAGCCGCCGACGCCGCCAACGCCCCCCAACCCCACGCCCCCACCCUCGCCGACAUCCUGCGACGAGAUAUCGCAGGCGUCACCGGCCAAGGUCCGCCGACCGUCAACCACAACUUCUUCGCGGGGCUCUUUGGCGCCGAGCCCAUUCCUCCCAAUGCACAGCCUGUCACUCAACCUACCAACAACCAGCCUCCUACCAACACUCCUCUCGCCAACCUUCCUAUCCAACCUCCUCCAACUAACCCCCCUCCCCCCAACACUCUCCCCCGUCCCCGCCGCAACCAAAAUCCCCCCGCCACGCCACGGCCCAUGGGCCCCUUUUCCGACCUCCCCUUCCUCUACACCCAGUCCGAGCGCGAUGAUCCGGCGAAGGCGAGGCAGAUUAUUGAUGCGUUGGAGGAGGUGCCUGUGGGGUUGGUGCAGAGGAUGGAGCGGGUGUCCCCUGAGGGGAGUGGGUGUGCAAUCUGUUGGGAGGGGUUGUUGGAGGGGAGUGGUGGGGGCUGGGCGCAGGGUGGGGGUGAGGAGAGGAAGGAGGGUGGUGCGGGGGAGGCGGCUACCACCACAAAUGACGCGCCUGCAGCCGACGCGAACGACGCGUCAGCAGCUUCCACCGGCCCUGCUGUAGGUGCCGGCACGCAUACUACAGCUGCUGCUCCCAACUCACCCCCCACCCCACCCCGCAUCGUCGCCCUCCCCUGCUCGCACGUCUUCCACGCCGAGUGCCUGAUCCCCUGGUUCUCGAGGCCGAGACAGACGACGUGUCCGACGUGUCGGUUUGACGUCGACCCUGACAAGCGGAUUUGGAGGAGGGAGGGGUAUGGGGUGCCGCUGGGGGGUGGGGUGCCGUUCACGCUCGGUGGUCAAGGACAAGGGGGAGCAGGAGGAAUCCCGAUAGGGCCGUUCACUUUGGGCGGACAAGGGGGAGUUCCGUUCACGUUCGCUGGUGGUGGUGCGAAUGGAGGUGCAGGGGGUAUCCCAAUCGGGCCGUUCACUUUGGGUGGCCAGGGAGGAAUCCCGUUUACUUUGGGAGGACAAGGAGGAGCAGGCAUUCCGUUGGGAGGGAUUCCGAUCGGCGCGUUUACGAUUCCGGUGCCGGGACACGCUGCGCAGCCUGGUGCAGGGGGUGGUGCGAAUUUAGGGCAAGGACAGGCGGGAGAUGCAGCAGGACUAGCAGCGGGUGCUGGUACGACGGCAAAUGCCGCCAACGAGCCCUUCAACCUCGCAGCCGGCGGCGCGGGCGUGCAGGGGGCGAUGGAUGCGACGGGUGGAGGUGCUCAGCCUCAAGCGAAUACGGGUCAAGCAGGUCCUGGCGCAGCCGCAGGUCAGGCACCUCCGGCCGCAGCCGCCAACCCCACCACCACCACCACCACCAAUCCCACCGACCCCACCACCGCCGACCGCCCACCCCUCGCGCGGCUCAUGGACGACCUCCUGCACGGGCCGCUCGGGGAGGCGCUCGGGCAGAGGGGGGAUGCGCUGCGUGCGGCAGGGGUGGAUGUGGCGAGUGCUGUGCCGGGUGGACCGGGUGGUGGGGCUGGUGCUAGUGUGGUGGCUGGUGGAAUCGGAGUCCAGACACAAGGGGGAGUCGGAGUGCAGACGCAAGGUGGACCGGACGGUGGUGCUGGACCGACGACAGCAGUUGGCACGGCUGCGGGCGGUGGUGCUGGACCAACGGCGGCGAACGCACCAGCGGCACCUGCCCCGGCGACGGCUACAGCAGCAGCGACACCGGCGACGGCACAGGCGAACGCCCUAGGAGCGGCGCAGGCGAACUCACCAGCAGCGGCACCUGCGCCGGCACCGAAUGCAGGCGCCACGCCUGGCGCUGGGCCUCAGGCGGCUGGCACGCAAGCACGAGGCCGAGGCCGAAGACGCACCCCAACCGCAGAGCGAGGGCCAAAUCCCCCUGCAGAACGAGGCCCAAGACCGAACCCACUCGAAGCGCUAUGGCCCGGCUACACGCCCGCGCAGCAGGCGCAUAUGGCCAGCUGGGUCGAGGCGAUGAUGAACUCGAUCUUUGGGGGGCCACCGUCGGGUGUGUCGAUGGGCGCGGGUUCGGGUGGAUUGGGGGGACGAGGGCGAGGGCAGACUGUUGCGAAUGCGUCUGGAGGGCAGAGUGCUGCCACUGUGACUGGAGGGCAGACGGCUGCGGCUGCGUCUGGAGGGCAGAGUGCGGCGCCAACGCCUCAGCCGGCAGCCGCUCCUCAGCCGGCAGCCGCUCCUCAAGCACCCCCACCUCAGCCGGCUCAGCCGGCCGCCGCUCGACAAGCUCAGCCGGCCGCCGCUCAACAAGCUCAGCCAGCAGCCGCUUCUCAAGCUCAGCCAGCACCGACCCCUCCCCAGCCAGCAGCCGCUGAUAUUCAGCCUCCUCCUCCUCCUCAAGCGCCGCCUCAACAAACUCAGGCGACGAGUGGUCCUCCGCCUAACGCGAACGCACCUGCACCUAACACGACCGCGUCCAAUGCCCCGCCCAACAACUUUACGAUCCCCUUCCCGGGCGGCACGCUCAGCAUCGGGUUCGACAUGUUUUUGCAGCCGAUAGGCGGGGAGGGGAUGGAGGAGGAGGAGGAGGAGGAGGAUGAUGGGGAGGCGAUGGACGAGGACCGUGACGAUGAUCAGCCUCACAACGAUUCCAACGAGCAGGCCCAUGCUGGCGAGCAGCAGCACGCCGAAGGCGAGAACGGGCAUCACGAUCACGAAGGCGGCCACGCAGGCGACCACGCUGGCGACCACGCCCUGCCCUUCACGCCCCUGUUGCCUGGCCUCGAGGGCUCGGGCUACCACUACCACCCGACGGCGGACGGCCGGGGGGUGACGCUGGUCGGGCCCGGCGGGGAGGACACGGGGAUGGAUUUCUUUUUGGAGGGCGCGGGGCCGGGGGUGGGUGGGAUUCCGCUGGGGGCGUUUGCGGUGCCGCACGCCGUCCAGGUGCCUCAGCCGACGGGAGCUCAGCCCCAAGCACCUACUCAACAACCUCAACCUACCACACAACCUCAGCCCCAAGCAACUCAACAACCUCAACCCACCCCACCCCAGCCGGGCACGAUGGCGCACCUGCAAGAGACGCUCCGGAACGGGAUCCAGGCGGCCUUUGGGCAGGCGUUCGGCGAGCCGGGGGCGGUGGAGCGGAUGGCGGAGGUGCGGGAGCAGCUGAGGAGGGGGGAGGAGGCGGUGAGGGAGGGGGGUGGUGAUACGCAGCUAGGCGUGCAGCAGGAUACGCAACCAGGUGUGCAACAAGCUGGAGGGAUGGGACAGCAGGGCUCAGGAGCGGCAGGUCAAGCGGCGGGCGCGCAAGCACAAGGGGGUCAAGGAGCAGGUCAAGGAGCGCAACAAGGAGCGCAGCCCUUCCCGAUCCACCUACCGGGCUUGGAAGGUUUGGCGAUCCCGUUGGGCGGGGGUGCGAUUCCGCUUGGGGGUGCGAUCCCCGUGGGUCUCGGGCUCGGAGGUGCGGGCAUCAACUUGGGAGGACAGCGCCCGCCUUGGCUUGCGAGUGGAUUCUUCGGGCAAGCACCUGUACCAGGCAAUGCGCCGCCGCAAGCAGCCGGCAACACCGCACCACCGCCAGCCGCCGCCACUAAUCCCCCACCACAAGCCCCUCCAGCUGCUACCGCCAACCCACCUCCAGCGACCAACGACGGUGCCAAUCAGCCUCAGCUCAUCGAUACCUUCACGGCGACGGCGACGGCGCGCAUCUUGUUCCCACCAGACGGCGGCCCGCCGCAGGUUAUCCUCGAGGGUAUUACACCUCCGGAGCGGGUGGGGCCCAAUCCGGCCACCGGCGCUGGCACCGACAACCCAACGCCCGAUGCCGCGACUACUCCUGGCGCAGACGCCCCACCCCGCCGGCGCACCGCGCGCAUGAGCACCGGCGGCAUCCGCCCCGAACCGCGUCCGCGCCGUGAGUGGACGCUCCCGCCCGCCCCUGGCCCUUCGGUGCGCGAGGUGGUCGAGAAGCGCGAGCGGGAGGCGGGGCUGCGGUGCAGCGAUCAUAGUUGUGGCGUGGGUCCGUCGGACGAGGAUCCGAUGAUGGAGGUGGGGGAGGGGGAUAAGCGGCAGAUUAGGAUCAGCCGUGCUGGCGACUCAGGUGAGGGGAUGCGCUCUGAGGAUGGGAGUGGUGCUGAUGGGGAGAUAGGUGCUGAUGAAGGAAUAGGUGAACCUGUCUGCGAGCAUCUCCUGCACCCACCUUGCUUGGUUAGUGCACAGCGGGUGGCGCUGAGGGGCGCGGAGGAGACGAGGGUGGAUGGGAGAGUGGAGGUGGCGUGCCCGGUGUGUCGGGCGGAGGGGACGGUUGCGGUGGAGGAUUGGGAGGAGGGGGUGAGGAGGUUGGAGGCGGUGUGAGUGGUGGUUUUUGAAUGAUCUUCGAAUCGAGGGUGA